AUGUGUCGAAUGAUGAUAUUCAGAGGGUACUGCACAGGAUGUGGCUCGCCUCAGACAUGGGUCGACUUGACACAAGAGCUAAACUGUCUCGAUGCCAAAAACAUGGGAUGGUUUGGCGGGUGUCAGCGUGGUAUCCUUGUAGAAGAGCACAGUUUCAACCAAGAAUGCUCUGUAUGCCAUGAAGAGGAUGAAGGCGUGGGUAUGGAUGACAGUCAUUUGAUGCUAUUCCAGCAGACAACUUAUACCCAGAGCAGUCUGGGUAAAAGAAGUCCCAACAACGAAGAGGGUUCAAGUUCGAGUUCAGGCGAUAAUCAUAAGAGACAGAGGGUUUGA